AUGGAGUCGGAAUCAGAAAACAACAAUGAUGACAAUCUUGGUCAAGAGAUUGAUAGAGAAGAAGAUGGUCCACCUCCCUCUUCAGUUGGAGGAAAAAGAACCAAAUCUCAGAGAUCAAGUUCUGAGACUGCAAAUGAAGAAGCUAGUAGUGAACUUGACAUUUACUUGCUUGAGAAACAAGUGCCAAGAACUACAAAUGGUUUGGGAUUGGAUUAUGAUGUCUUAAGCUGGUGGAGGAAGAACAGUUCUAAAUUCCCAAUCUUAUCAGAGUUAGCAAGAGAUGUGCUUGCCAUUCAGGUCUCCUCUGUGGCUUCAGAGUCUGCAUUCAGCACCAGUGGUCGUAUUUUGGACCCUUUCCGAAGUUGCUUGUCACCACACAUGGUUGAAUCAUUGAUUUGCACUCAACAAUGGCUUAGAAAUACCAUUCAUGAGGAGAAGUUAGCAAACUUGGUUCAAAUGUUUGAAGAAUUGGAGUUUCAUGAGUCUUUAGGUUCACAGACUCAUGCCCAAUCAUCAGUUGGCCCUUGAAUUGGAGUUGGAAAUUGAGGUACACUCGAUCUUUUACUUUAGUCUUUCAUUAACAAGUCAGUUUUGUUUUUUUCUUAUUUUUCUGCCUAACAGACAAGGUGACGACAAACACAUAUGAUCUUCAAGGUUUAAAGGCUUGUCUCUUUCUCUCUCUAUUUUUGAUUUUUGAACAACAAACUCUUUCUCUUUUGGCGUCAGGAGAACAAUGACAACAUACCAAAUGCAUCCAUGCUCUAUAGUAACUUAGGCGUAAUGGAUCAUUGGUUUUUUGUCAUUCCUUUCAGGUUAAUUGUUUUUUGGAAGAUCUUAUGUAUCUAUUGUAUUUCAUUUAUGUCAAGUUAUUGAGUUGUUGUUGUAUAUUCAUGAUGAAUGCUCUGAAUUUGUAAUAAUUUUAAUUUUCUUCUUUUUGGUA